AUGCCCCUCCGCCGCUUCUGCCACCUCCCCACCCUCACCAGAUUCCGCCUCUGCCACCUCCCCACCCUCUCCAGGUUCUGCAAGUGUCGGGAGGGAAUGGAGCGAAUGCUCCAAGUGCGCCGCCCGUCAUUACGGGCCCAGCCUCUGGUCUCCGCCUGCACCAGAGGGGCUCCCAGGAAGCUGAAGCUUCAUCGUCUACUGUCCAGGCGUUGCCUCUCAGGGCAGUUAGCCCGCCCCGUGAGGACGGAAACAGAACCUGGCAAGGAGAAAGAAAGGAUCUUGACCGAGGCCAGGAAAAAUGUUCCGGGGGAUAAUGAGCAACCUACGACGCUUCAGAAUUUAAUUAACGCUGGGUUUCCGUUAUCUCGCCCUGGGUGGGACUUUGAACUACUGGAGGGGAGGGAGAAGCUCCAAAAGUACCGCCAGAUUCUAAUAGCCGGACUCCGAGCAGCAGCGAGGAAGCCGACUAAUUUAGCCAAGGUAAACUUAGUCAAGCAGGAACUGACAGAGAGCCCUACAGCAUAUUUAGAAAAAUUGAUGGAUGCGUUUAAGCUGUAUACUCCCAUGGAUCCGCUAGCUGAUGAGAGUAGAGCAGCAGCGGUCCUAUCUUUUGUAAACCCAGCAGCCCCUGAUAUCAGAAGAAAGCUUCAGAAGAUAGAUAGAUUAGAUGAGCAGACCCUACAGGACUUAAUGAAAGUAGCAGAGAGAGUAACGCUGCAAGAACUGCCAAGAGUGAAACAUGCUGUUGGACCUAUUGAGAUAUUUCGCUUUGCUGAUGGACUGGACAUCACACUCAUGGUCCUGGGAUUACUGGCAUCUCUGAUGAAUGGAGCCUGUCUUCCUGUAAUGUCACUGGUUUUAGGAAAAAUGAGUGAUAACCUAAUUAGUGGUUGUCUAAUCAUAACCAACACAACAAAUUAUCAGAACUGUAAUCAGUCCCAAGAGAAGGCAAAUGAAGACACGAUGCUGUUGACACUGUAUUAUACUGGAAUAGGAUUGACUGCUUUGAUUUUUGGCUACAUGCAGAUUUCUUUUUGGAUUAUAACUGCAGCACGGCAGACCAAGAGAAUUCGAAAACAGUUUUUUCAUUCAAUUUUGGCACAAGACAUCGGCUGGUUUGAUGGCUGUGACAUCAGCGAACUCAAUACUCGCAUGACUGAGGACAUCAACAAAAUCAAUGAUGGCAUUGGAGACAAGUUUGCUCUGCUGUUUCAAAACAUGUCUACUUUUUCUAUUGGCCUAACAAUUGGUUUGGUGAAGGGCUGGAAACUCACCCUAGUGACUCUGUCCACAGCUCCACUUAUAAUGGCUUCAGCAGCAGUGUGUUCCAGGAUGGUCAUCUCAUUGACCAGCAAGGAAUUAAAUGCGUAUUCCAAAGCUGGGGCUGUAGCAGAAGAAGUUCUGUCAUCAAUUCGAACAGUCAUAGCCUUUGGAGGUCAAGAGAAAGAAAUUCAAAGGUACACACAGAAUCUAAAAGAUGCAAAGGAUGUUGGUGUGAAAAAGGCUAUAGUUUCAAAACUGUCUCUUGGUGCUGUGUACUUCUUUAUGAAUGGAACUUAUGGUCUUGCUUUUUGGUAUGGGGCCUCCUUGAUUCUUCGUGGAGAACCCGGUUAUACCAUCGGGACUGUUCUUGCUGUCUUCUUUAGUGUAAUCCACAGUAGCUAUUGCAUUGGAGCAGCAGCCCCUCACCUUGAGACCUUCGCUACAGCCCGGGGAGCCGCCUUUCAUAUUUUCCAGAUUAUUGAUAAGAAACCCACUAUAGAUAGCUUUUCAACAACUGGAUAUAAACCUGAACACAUAGAAGGAACUGUGGAAUUUAAAAACGUUUCUUUCAGUUAUCCAUCAAGACCAUCUAUCAAGAUUCUGAAGGACCUGAAUCUCAAAAUUAACUCUGGAGAGACAGUAGCCCUGGUUGGCAGCAGUGGCAGUGGGAAGAGUACAACAGUCCAGCUGUUGCAGAGGUUAUAUGACCCCAAGGACGGCUUUAUCACGGUGGAUGAGAAGGACAUCAGAGCCCUAAAUGUGCGACAUUAUCGAGAAAAUAUCGGAGUGGUCAGCCAAGAGCCUGUUUUAUUUGGGACAACCAUUAGUAACAACAUUAAACUUGGGCGAGAUGGUGUAACUGAGGAAGAGAUUGAGAAAGCAGCAAAGGAAGCACAUGCUUAUGAUUUUAUCAUGGAGUUUCCCAAUAAAUUUAAUACCUUGGUAGGGGAGAAAGGAGCUCAAUUGAGUGGAGGGCAGAAACAGAGGAUUGCGAUUGCUCGAGCUUUAGUUAGAAACCCCAAGAUUCUGAUCUUAGAUGAGGCUACAUCUGCCCUGGAUUCAGAAAGUGAAUCAAUAGUUCAAGCUGCAUUGGAGAAGGCAAGUAAAGGUCGGACUACAAUUGUAGUAGCACACCGGCUGUCCACUAUUAGAAACGCAGAUCUGAUAGUGGCCCUAAAAGAUGGGAGUGUGAUGGAAAAAGGGACACACGCUGAACUAAUGGCAAAACAAGGUCUAUAUUAUUCACUUGCAAUGUCACAGGAUAUUAAAAAAGCUGAUGAGCAGAUGGAAUCCAUGACAUAUUCUACUGAAAGAAAUAUCAGUUCAAUUCCUCCAUGCUCAAUGAAUGCCAUCAAGUCAGGCUUCAAACCAGACUUUGCUGACAAGUCUGAGGAAUUCACCCAAAAUAAAGAGACAAGUCUUCCUGAAGUUUCUCUGCUAAAAAUCAUGAAAUUAAGUAAGUCUGAAUGGCCUUUUGUGGUUCUGGGGACAUUGGCUUCUGUUCUCAAUGGAACUGUUCAUCCAGUAUUUUCUAUCAUCUUUGCAAAAAUUGUAACUAUAUUUGGAAAGAACGAUAAAACCAUACUAAAGCACGAGGCAGAGAUUUAUUCCAUGGUAUUUGUUAUUUUGGGUGCUAUUUCUUUUGUUGGUUUCUUCAUGCAGGGAUUGUUUUACGGCCGAGCAGGCGAAAUGUUAACAAUGAGAUUAAGACACUUGGCAUUUAAAACCAUGUUAUACCAGGAUCUCUGUUGGUUUGAUGAUAAAGAAAACAACACAGGAGCCUUGACAACAAUAUUAGCCAUAGAUAUAGCACAAAUUCAAGGGGCAACAGGUUCAAGAUUUGGUGCCAUAACACAAAAUGCAACCUGCAUGGGACUCUCAGUUAUCAUUUCCUUCAUCUACGGAUGGGAGAUGACACUCUUGAUUCUGAUUAUUGCUCCAGUACUUGCUCUGACAGGAAUAAUUGAAACUGCAGCACUGACUGGAUUUGCCAACAAGGAUAAGCAAGAACUUAAGCGUGCUGGAAAGCCUUCUAUCCUAAGUUUCUUGGGUUUAAUCUUGGUGGAGAUUCAAAACAGUUUCUCAAGACAGCCCUUCAGGAGCCUCAUCAUAAAUGCCUUGAAGAAAGCACAAAUCUUUGGAAGCUGUUAUGCGAUCAGCCGUGCCUUUGUAUAUUUUAGCUAUGCAGCAGGAUUUCAACUUGGAGCCUAUUUAAUUCAAACUGGCCGAAUGACACCUGAGGGCAUGUUCGCAAUUUUUACUGCAGUUGCAUAUGGAGCUAUGGCCAUUGGAGAAACACUUGUUUGGGCACCUCAGUAUUCUAAAGCCAAAUCUGGGGCUGCACAUCUGUUUGCUUUGUUGGAGAAGAAGCCGACCAUAGAUAGCCACAGUCAAAAAGGGAAAAAACCUGACACAUGUGAAGGGAAUUUAGAAUUUCGAGAAGUCUCUUUCUUCUAUCCAUGUCGCCCAGAAGUCCUCAUCCUUCAGGGCUUAUGCCUCAGUAUCGAGAAAGGGAAGACAGUGGCAUUUGUUGGGAGCAGUGGCUGUGGGAAAAGCACUUCUAUUCAGCUUCUGCAGCGGUUCUAUGACCCCCCGAUAGGGCAAGUGCUCUUUGAUGGUGUAGAUGCAAAAGAACUCAACGUACAGUGGCUCCGUUCCCAAAUAGGUAUAGUUUCCCAGGAGCCCGUGCUCUUCAACUGCAGCAUUGCUGAGAACAUUGCCUAUGGUGACAACAGUCGUGCUGUGUCACUGAAUGAGAUAAAAGAAGUGGCAAAUGCAGCAAAUAUCCAUUCCUUUAUUGAAGCUCUCCCUGAGAAAUACAACACACAAGUUGGACUAAAAGGAGCACAGCUUUCCGGCGGCCAGAAACAAAGAAUAGCUAUUGCUAGGGCUCUUCUUCGAAAACCCAAAAUUUUAUUGUUGGAUGAGGCCACUUCAGCCCUUGAUAAUGAGAGUUAAAAGGUGGUGCAGCAUGCCCUUGAAAAAGCCAGGAGAGGGAGGACGUGCCUAAUAGUGGCCCACAGACUCUCCACGAUACAGAAUGCAGAUUUGAUAGUGGUUCUUCACAAUGGAAAAAUAAAGGAACAGGGAACUCAUCAAGAGCUCCUGAGAAAUCGAGACAUUUACUUUAAAUUAGUAAAUACACAGUCAGUGCAGUGA